UUUACGCCACCAGAAUCGCAGUGAGAGCUUGAAAGAUCAUCGAAACCCGAACAUGAGGAGAAUGGGUUUUCCACCUUUCCUUCUGGCAAAGGGAAACACAAGCAUUUGUAGGGAAAAUUUUCUCCCUCGAAACGGAACGGGAGAACGUGUUCAAUCAAUCGUUGGUAUCGCAAUUUUUUUUCUCUCACGAUCUUGUUACUUUCUCUCGGAGAUCUCGAUAGCGGCGAUCAUUCGAAAAGCAAUCUUGGAUUAUUUUUUUCAGUAUUUAAUUUUUUAAAUUUUCAGUUAAAAAUUAAUUUUCUUUUAGUUUUUUUUUCAUACAUUAAAACAAACAAACAAUUAAAUUUAAAAAAAUGAUCGAAUAAUAAUCACACGUUUUAAAACAAAAUUAAUCCUUCACAACCAUUGCUACAUAUCCGUCAGUCACUGUACUCCGAACCUACGGUGUGUUAGAGUUUUUUCACAGGGGAUGUAACUGUCAUGCUGAUGUUAUGAUUUGUAGCAACACAACAUUUUGUAAACAAAUCUUUGCAAACGAUGCAAUCUUCCGUGUGAUAACAAACGCUGCCGCGAGUGAUAUACUGAGGUUGCAUUUUUCUACACUUUUUUCCUUUAUACAUCACCGUGGGUGGAGACAAUUGGCAUUAUUGACUGCAUGACGCAGAGUGCGUUUGUUGAAUAGUGAUAAAAUGUCUCUGUACAAAAUACGGGUUAACGACCUGGAGAACAUCUUGGAACAGGAUGAGAUUGAUUUGAAAUUGCUUCGUAGCUUCUGCUUCAAUGGCAUACCGGACUGUAACGGAUUUAGAGCAUUGUGUUGGAAGCUGCUGCUCGGAUAUCUUAGUCCAAAAAAAUCUACAUGGUCGACGAAUCUAACGAAGCAACGAGAAUUGUACAAACAGUUUGUUAAGGAAAUGGUAAUAUCGCCCGGCGAACAAGAUGGACCGGAGUGUAUUGAUCAUCCGCUAAGCGACGGUCCGGAAAGUAACUGGAGCACAUUCUUCCGGGAUAAUGAAGUGUUGCUGCAGAUUGAUAAGGACGUACGACGGUUAUGUCCCGAUAUAUCUUUCUUCCAGCAGGCAACCGAAUUCCCCUGUGAGUUUGUAAAAGAACGCGAACGCAAGCUACACGUGCGGGUCGCACCAACAACGCUCAGUUCCGCCAAUGUCGAACGGAAGGGUGUCGGUAUGACAAAGAUCAAUCUCAUCACAAAGCGGGCGACGGAGAGUUAUGAAGCGAUGGAUGCCGGUCAUGAGGCACACUGGGAGGUGGUAGAACGGAUACUGUUCCUGUACGCGAAGCUCAAUCCCGGCCAGGGUUAUGUGCAGGGCAUGAACGAGAUUAUUGGGCCCAUCUACUACGUGUUCGCGUCCGAUCCUCAUCUCGACUAUCGCCGGUACGCGGAGGCGGACUGUUUCUUCUGCUUUACCGCACUGAUGGGCGAAAUACGAGACUUCUUCAUCAAAACGCUCGACGAAUCGGAGGGUGGCAUUAAGGGUAUGAUGGCGAAGCUGUCAAACCUGCUGCACGAACAGGACGCGGAAGUGUGGGAACGGUUGCGGGACCAAGAACUCUAUCCGCAGUAUUACAGCUUCCGGUGGUUAACGUUGCUACUGUCGCAAGAAUUUCCUCUACCGGAUGUGUUACGUAUCUGGGAUUCGGUAUUUGCCGAUGAUAAGCGGUAUGAUUUCCUGAUCAAAAUUUGCUGCGCUAUGAUACUCUUAUUACGGGAACAAAUCUUAGAGAAUGACUUCGCGAACAAUGUGAAGCUGCUGCAAAACUUUCCACUGAUGGACAUUAAUCUCGUGCUGCGGAAGGCAACCUGUCUCGAAUAGCGGUUUCAGUAUGUACGCAAUCAACUUUUGAUGAUUUUUUUUUUCGUAUAUUAUGUUUUUUUUUAUAUACACUCAACUCGUUCCAAUAAAAUAAGAGCGUAUGCUACGUUCUCGUAGCUACGGCGAAACA